GUAAAUCCUGUGUUGCCUUAACUCUAUUCCUCUUUUCUUCUUUUCACUAAUUCCUUCUCUUUUCCUUUUCAAUCUUGCUCUCCCCAACUUUUUUUUCUCUUAGCUCAAACAAGCAUGGGUACACGCAAAGAGGCAAUCACACAGUACUGUCCUUCCCAUCCAACAGAGGUGAUUGUAGGGGUAUGUGCACUUUGUGUAAAUGAAAAGCUUCUUAUCCUGGCAUCAGAGCAAGCACAUCGUAACCUAAUAAAGAGUAUUCAUGAAGCUCAUGAAGGUCUUCCCAAAGCUUUUGCCUUUGGUUCCUUCCCCCAAAACCAUCUCAAUCUGAUGACAAAAAGCUCCGAUGACGCCCGGAGAAAUGCCUUCUCCGGUAAUGAAGAAGUGUUUAUUUCAAUAAAGUUUGGAGAUGAUGAUGGUAAUAGAUUAUGGAACAAAUGUACAAGUUCAAGGCCUUGUCUAGAGAUCUGUAACCCUACUUCAACAUACUGCUUCAACAAGGCCAGAAGGGGGUCCAUGAGUAUAGUAGAGCACUCAAGACCAACCAGAACAAUAUGGUGGCGAAAGGGGGUUGACCAUUUAUUCAAGAAUAUGCUAGGGAAAAUUCAGGUUUAGUGGUGAAGGAAGGAAAAGAUGGUAUGAUGAAAAUAAGAGAGCUAGGUCUUCCAAUAACAGUACUGUCUCUAAGACUAUAUAUUUCUUCUUAUAAAAAAAGACUAUAUAUUUCUUUACUAUUACAUGAUAUUUGACAUGGUAAGUAGUAUUAGCUGAACCUAGAAAACAAAAUGAGAAAUUGUAUUAGGUUCAAUGGCUGUGUUCUGUCAAUUCACAAUGCAUCAAAUGCCAAAAGAAUGGUAAAAUGUAACAUAAUAUAAAAAGUUGGUUAAGAAU